AUGGAAGAAGAAGAUGAAUUUACUCCAAAAGAUCUGGAAAUUCUUCCAUUUAAAACUGUUCACGAUAUUGUUCAUUACGGCAUAACUCGUGAUUCUACUGAUUUUGAGGAUCCAAGUUCCUCAUCUCCAGGCGUUUCAAAGAAUGCCAAGAAAUACAGCCUUAAAUAUCGCAGAUUCAGAAAGGAAGCCAUUUUUUCAAUGAAUCGCAUCGCUUCUCUUUUUGUGCUUUAUAUAACCACAAUUGCUGAAUCUAUAGCAAAAAACAACAAAAGGACCACUGUGUUUGACAAAGAUAUUCUGGAAGCCCUUAAACAGUGCAUGUUUUAUGAAGUAGAAAGUCAAAUUAACGAUCUACAGAAAAAAGAACAUACUGAUAGUCAAGAUCAAAAUGAUGAUUUGGAUCAUAACAACUUGGAUGAUUUGGAGCACAAUUUCGAAGAUUUGGAACAGGAAGAUUACAAUGUGGAUUUGCCUGAAAAUGACAAUUUGGAAGAAAAUUACGACGAUUUGGAUGAGGAAGAACUAGAAUCAGAAAACAACACUCAAUAA